GGUGACACUUCAGUAGCUGCUUGCACGCAAGCGUGUGGAGCACUCAACGAGGACAACAAUGGUGCCCAGGUGGUGGCUGCAGCUUCUCUGUCUCGCCGGCGGCAUACUCCAGGCUCUCGCCCAGACUGACAGCAUAGGUUUCAUCAGCAUAGACUGCGGGCUACCGGGGGAGGGGGGCUACAUCGACGACACAACGAAGCUGGCGUACGUCCCUGACACUGGCUUCAUCGACUCUGGCACGAACCACAAUAUCUCGGCCGAGUACCUCCGUCCAAUUCAGUCGCGGCGCUCCUACAACCUGCGGAGCUUCCCCGACGGCACGCGCAACUGCUACACGCUCCGCUCCCUGGUGCGGGGUCUCAAGUACCUCGUCCGCGCCAGCUUCACGUAUGGCAACUACGACGGGCUCAGCCGGCCGCCGGCGUCGUUCGACCUCCACAUCGGCGUCAACUUCUGGACGACGGUGAACAUGUGGUCGUGGUCGGACCCGUUGGGCGGCGCGGUGACGGUGGAGGCCAUCGUCGUCGUGCCCGACGACAUGGUGCAGGUUUGCCUGGUGAACACGGGCGGCGGGACGCCGUUCAUCUCGUCGCUGGACCUGAGGCCGCUGAAGAUGAAGCUCUACCCGCAGGUGACGGCAGCGCAUGGGCUGGUCCUGUACGCCAGGUUAAACGCUGGCCAGGCCAACGUCUCGUACAUUGUGAGGUACCCCGAUGACCCGCACGACCGCAUCUGGCCCCCGUGGUUCGACGCCACGAUAUGGACGGAGAUGUCGACGACGGGCAGGGUGCUCAACGGUGACGAGAAGGACUUCUUCGUGGCCCCCACGGCGGUGAUGCAGACGGCGAUGACGCCGCGGAACGCCUCCGGGAGCAUCGACUUCAGCUGGGACGCAGAGCCCCGGCCAGACGACCCGACCCCAGGGUACAUCGCUAUCAUGCACUUCGUCGAGCUGCAGCUCAUCGACACCAACGCGGUUCGCGAGUUCUAUGUCAGCAUCAACGGCAAGCCCUGGUACUACUCGUCAGGAUACACGCCGGUGUACCUCAACAGCGCUGCCGCCUAUGAUAGUCUGGCCUUUUCGCUCGCUUUCCUUUCCUUUUCUCAACGGCCCACAACCUGA